AUGAAAAGACUCGUUGUUCCUUGCCUUGAAUCGGUGAUUCAUCAUCAUCAUCAUCAUCCAAUGUUCUUCUCUAAAACGAAUCGGAGGAUGGCUGGAGUAUGGGUUGCAUUGAUACAUGAAUGUUGUGGUCAUGAACAACAACGUAAUGUUUAUCUGGACUAUCUAAAGAAUGCUUUCAAAGUAUUCAAGUUUCCCGAAAAUGAAUCAUCUGAAAGCAAGAACAACAACAGCAGUAAUAAUAAUAAUAGCCAGCGCACUCCUCCGAAUACUUCUAAAAAGCCUGACAAAAAACAAAAGAAACAGGAUGAUAUUGAAAUAGAGAAGAUGAAAUCUCUAGAAAGCAAAAACAGAUACGAAAAUAUCAUAAAUUAUUACAUGUUGCGUAUGAAAGGAAAACCAUUCGAAAAACCAGACAGAGACGUACAAUUAUAUUACUAUUUUCUUAAUGCGUUUUAUCGUAAAGGCCAACCUCAAAGUGCUCUAGAUUGUUUUAACGAGUUAAAAGAGAGAAUACAUAAACCAAUACCCACAAGAUUAAGUAAUAUUAUAAUCAAAACAUUGCUAGAAGCUGGAAGAGAUGCCGAGGCACUAAAUAUUUUGAAAGAUAUGCAAGACGAUACUAAUUUGAAACUCUAUCCACCCAAUGAGGAAACCUAUGUCACAAUUUUCGACUAUUUCUCUAAAACUGGAGCUUUACAUUCAGCUCUCUCAUUAAUGGAGCACAUACACAAAACAUUUACCUCACACAAGCAAAACAUUUUACAACAGAAAAAACUAUCUGUCAAUCCUGUUUCUCCAAACAUAGAAAUGUUUCAACAUCUUUUUAAACUGCUUGCUGAGCAAGGAAAAAUGAAAUUAGCUACGAACUUCCUAUAUAUUAUGACAAAAUUUUAUAAUAUAGAGCCGAAUGCAAAUAUUUAUGAUUAUUUUGUUUCUGGAUUCUGCAAAAUAGGAGAUAUUACUUCUGCAAGACCCUAUUUAACUUUAAUUAAGAAUUUACACAAUUCCAACAGGGCGAUUCCUGCUAUUGUACAACGCUGCUACUGUGAAAUGAUUAAGGCUGCGUGCCAGAUUCCAGACAUAAAGCUGGCUGAGGAGUUGAUGACAGAGUUCCAUUCUUUAGGGUUUAAAGCCAAUGCUUCUAUUGGAAACGCAUUUAUUGAAGCCUAUACUUCAAUCGGUGACAUUCAAUUGGCUCUUGAUGUGUUCCAGAAGAUGAAAGACGCAGGGGUUUCUUUAAAGCCUCAGACUUACUCAUUACUUAUAACAUUCUUUACAAGACAACGAAAUUUCGUAAUGGCAAACCAAUUUCUUGAAGAUGCAAUGCUCGAUUUCAAAAAUGAUAAGAUCGUUCACUCUGAAGGAAACAUUAAUGUGUGUUGCAACUUUCUAUUGAGAGGAUAUCUGGAAGCUGGACAGUUAACUGCAGCAGUUAAAUUCUUUGAAAAGAUGAAGGCCAAUGAAAUUUUAUUAACAUCUCACACUUACAAUGCUCUAAUCAAUGGUUUUUGCAAAGCACAAGAUCAUACACGUGCCAUUGAAAUUUUAGACGAGAUGAAAAUCAAACAUAUCAAUCCAGAUAUUUACUCGAUCACACCCAUCAUUCGAACAUUGCUUCAGAAGGGAGAUUUUGAGACUGCAGCUUCGUUGUUUAAGAAAUCAUAUUAUGUGUUCCAAAUUGUUCCAAAUUUCUACAUUUAUUGCAUGUUUAUGCAAUAUGGAACCAUUCACAAGCGAUCUGAUAUUUUUGACACCUAUUAUUAUAUGGGACUAGAAUUUGGAAUGAAGACAUCAACGGAAAAUGCUAUUUACUUUUUUAAUCAGGCAAUUCAACAUCAUGCAAUCAUGAAAAAUGUUGUCGAGUGUGAGAGAGUUCUGGAGGAUAUGAAUCAACUUCUAUGUGCACCAGAUGACACAUCCUACUUGUACCUUGGUGUAGCAUGUCUAUUUGAAAAGGACUUUGCCAAAGCUCGCUCCUAUUUCUCAAGAAUUUGCAAAACAAAAGAGAAGGGAUUUGUUUUUGAGCAUCCUUUUUCUUUAGAAGAAUACAAAUUCAUUCUCAAUCAGUUGAUCGAAGGAAAGAGAAGAGUACUUGCCAAUAAGUUGCUGUAUGACAUGUUACUUCCUCUUGGAAAGGUUGAUUUAGAUAUUAUCAAAAUUGGAAUGGAAAUUAACAUCAAUAAUUUUGAAAGAGUUCAGCAGCUUUAUGAUAGUCUUCCAAGUUUGGGAAUGUCUCCCACUCGGACUAUAGAUGACAUACUCAUUAGAGCUAAAUCUCUUUCUGACAGAAAAGAUCAAUCAGAACAGGUUGUUCCUGAAGAAUAUGUAAGAGUUGUGAGGUAUUAA